AUGCAAAAGCUGCAGAGCCUUUCCACCUGCCUGGCCAGGUGGAAAGAAAGCCCAACGCUGGGUUUGGACAAAUGUGGUGCUUUCAUUUCCAUCCAAAAAGCACCAGAACUCAAGUCUCCAGCUGAGGCUGCUGACAUGUGCCGCAAGCCUCACCCAUCCGUGUUUGAAAUCGCCAUUCUGGAAAGCAAUGUGGCAAUCCGAGUUCCACCCCUCACCGACCUUCUGGCAAUCCACCGCUGGAACAGGGGCCGACGAGGUCAAACACAGCUCUCCCUGGAAGGCUCUACGGCCUCGGGCCUGCUGCACCGAGGACUCUUUGGAAGGCCUGGGUCCCCUCGAGCCACGUGCGGAAACAGGACCAGCCAGCAGCGGGCAGUUGCCGGAGAAGUGAUCGCUGCCCAGGAGAGCAGCGUCCCAGCCUCCAACUCUACCACCUCAGAAGCUAUCUCUGAGCUGAGGUCCUGGAAGAAGAGGGGACAGAAGAGGAACAUAUGGACAGUCAAUCAUGUUGAGGGAACAAAACUCAGGAUGAACAAGAGGAGAAGACCCAGUUACCGUCCUGAAGACCAAGAAGCAUUCUACCGACUUCUGGAGGAUCCCGCGAUCCAGAGCUUCUUGGAAGCUGACAUUUUCCUCAAAGUAUCUGAUAAGUACCUGCUUUCCAUGGUGGUGGAGUACUUCGGCCGUGUUGGGCUGCCUGGACACCUGUACAACAGGAUCCACUUCUUCCUGGCCCUCUACAUCGCCUCCGACAUGGAGGAGGACAACCCCACGUCCAAACGGAGCAUCUUCCAGUUCCUGCUGGGCAGGGAGCACUGGCCAGACCUCUACAAGGAGUUCCUGAAGUUGAAGGUGGAGUUCUUCCAUGCAAUGGGGCACCGAGCCUGGGUCACCCCGGAGUUGUGUGAGGAGAUCCAGGCCCAGAACCCGCAUCACUGGGUCUGGAGUCGGGUGCGCCAGUGUGCCCCCUAG